UAAUACCAAAGAAGAAGCAGACGCUGCUCUUGUCAGCCAUCUCGUGAGCUUGCUAGCCAACAUAGCCGAAACAUUUGAGCCCUUUAAACACUUUCAGUGACGGUUAGCCACUGUGUUUUAACUUUAAACCCACUUCUGUCGUAUCUACCAGUUACCCCAUUUACUGUCGUAUGUACGCUGUUGUUGUAGGUCAGCUGGCUGGCUUGUUACAUUGGCAGUAGCACUAGGCUCGUCGCCAAUUCUAACUAGCUAAGUGAUAUCCUCGACCAUGAGUUCACUGAGUUACUUGCACCCUGCUAAAGAAGAGGAGGCUGGGCGGAGGAAGAAGCUCUCGUGAAAGCGGAGAGGAGGCUGUUAAACAAGAAGUAGAGGAUGAGGCUGUUUCAGGAAACGUUUCAGUGGAAGAGGCUUUCAGGGUGAAAGAGGAGGAUGUUAAUGUGAAAGAAGAGGAGGAUGCGGUUUUUGUAGUGAAAGGAGGAGGGGGAGGAUGACUGACAAAGAAGUUUUGGAAUUGAAGGAGGGGGAGAUUGUCACAUUAGAGGAGACUGGAGAUUUAAUGAACACCAAUGAUGUCUGCUGGGCGGAGAGAGAAGCUCUGGGACUGAACAUUGUCGUGAAAGAGGAGGAUAUUACAGCCAAAGGAAAGGAAGAAGCUUCCAGAACGAUAAAGGAGGAAGAUCAUGUUACAUUUGGAGAGGAAGAGGGGAUAGAGGCUGUCACAGUGGAAGAGGAAGAGGGGAUAGAGGCUGUCACAGUGGAAGAGGAAGAGGGGAUAGAGGCUGUCACAGUGGAAGAGGAGUGGGUAGAAGAUUUCAGAAUAAAAAAGGAAGAGGAGGAGGACGUUAUAGUGAAAGAAGAAGAAGAACCUUCUAGCGUGGAAGAGGAGGCUAUCUCAAUAAAAGAGGAGGAGGAGACUGAAAAAGAUCUGAUUAACACCAGUAAGUAUAGCUUCUUUUGUCCUGCAGAUGCGCACAAAAAAUGAAUAACUUGUGGGGACUUUUAUUUUGACACGAGGUAAGCAGAGAGGAAGUGUGCCUCCAAAAUACCCAUGUUUGUAAAGUAUGUUUAAUAAUAUACUAUCAUAUACAAAGGUAUGUGGACACCCCUUCAAAUUAGUGGAUUCAGCUAUUUCAGCCACACCUGUUGCUGACAGGUGUAUAA